AAAGAGAACAAAAAUCGAUGUUGCUUGAAACGUAAACCCCAAACGAGGCGAGAGUUGCAUCCUUACGUGGAAUACACGUACUGAUACCCUCAUAUUGCUACAUAUAAAUGUUCCGGUAUCUGUGCUGUGCCAGCAGAUAAAUUGCAGCCAACUCAUUCAUUUCUCUGCAAACUUGCAACCAGACGACAUCGAUUUUGCGCUACAAGUUCACAGCCAUGGAUCAAGUUCAACAGCCCAUUUCGCAACGUUCCGUUCUGUUCGUGUGCCUUGGAAACACAUGCAGAUCUCCGAUGGCAGAGGCAGUUCUAAAACAUCUUCUCAAAAAAGAAGGAGUAGACUUACUCGUAGAAUCUGCAGGUACGAGGGAUUACCACGUGGGGAAAAAUCCUAAUCCAAAGACCAUGAAAGUUUUGGAGGAAAAUGGAAUUAAAAAUUUUAUACAUAAAGCACGACAGAUUGAAGAGGACGAUUUUCACCAAUUUACCUGGAUAAUUUGCAUGGACAAAUGGAACCUAAAAGAUUUGGAGUACAUGAAACCGGCAAAAUCUCGCGCAAGAUUACACCGACUGGGCGAAUUUGUGGAGAAUAUGGAUGUCGAAGACGUUUAUGAUCCAUAUUUUGAUGGCAACGAUGCGUCAUUUUAUUCCGUUUAUGACCACAUAUUCAACGCGUGUAACGGCCUUGUUAAGAAAAUUAUACGAAAAGAUGUUACAUUAUAUUAAAAUUAAUUAUUAAUUGAUAAUGCAAAAAUUUUUAGAUGCCUAUUUUUUACAUCUAUGUAUGCGUGUUAAACUGUAUACAUACUUAAACACAUGUGCCUAAAAUUAUACUUGGAGAUAAAUUUAUUUUAAGGGUUCGUAAUUAUAGUUAGACAUUAUUCUAAAUUUAAGUUUACUAUAACUAUUACAAAUUUUCAAGCAUUUUUUCCGCAAUUUUUCUUGUAAUUAUUUAAUUUUUAGAUUUAUCUCAUUUCGUCAGAUUUUAUAUUCAGGAAAAGUGUGCGACUCCUAAAUACGUAUGUAGACAAUACAUGGAUGUUUGUAACAUUAUGUACUGUGUACAUAUUCAGUUUUCAGUUGCUAUGGGAACUCUGUGAUAUAUGUAUUGAAGUAUGUUACAUACGUACAUGCAUUAUUUCAUUCUCUAAUGCAUAAAGAAACUUAUGUAUAUACAUUAAUGAUUAAAUAUUAAUUAGAAAUAUACCUAUAAAUAAGGAUUUUGCAAAAAAAUAUAUUUAUUUUCACAAGCUUCAAAAUUUAAGGCUACCAUAAACCUAUAUAGCAACAAAUUAAAGUCACGAGUGUACAUAUUUCAUUAAUUUUUUAGAAAACCAGCACAUGUGUAAAUAUUUAGUUUUAUGUAAAAAAAACUAUCUAUUAUGCAUAGCUGCACUGAUUGUAAAUAAAAUGCGUGUAAAAUUAUUUAAAAUAGAAAUAAAUGCGUACAUGGAUAUAUUAGUUAUAAAUUUAAUUAUACUUUACUUAAUUUUUUACGUAGGCUGCCUCCUACUACAUAUGUACAUAUGUAUAAUGUAUGUAAUGUAUAUAUAUUUUACACUACUGACGUAUUCAAUGUAUGUUAUUUAAAACAUAUGUACAUAUAAAGAAUUUGUUGAGAAAUAUAAGAUGCCAGAUUUAAGGUAUCAAGGUAUGAAAAAGAA